AUCAUCACAAGCAAAAUAGCAAUGCCUACCUCGUGGAUUCACCUGCUGGGACUGCUGGCCCUGCUCCUUGUAACCCUGGCUACCGGAAAUCCAUCCCCAUUUGACGAGAGACGCCACAGAGGCUGGAAUCCGCGUCCAGGCACAAUGCCACAGAUUCCCACAACACCUCCUUUUAAUCCGCACGGAUAAGAUGUAUAAGUGAAAACAUAAAACCUCGAAUAAAUAUAACAGCCUGCA